AACAUAACGGACACAUGUGCUUCUGGCGCGUCACGAUUCGCCACGUAAAUAUGUUUUCACCCUCAAAAAGGGCAAAAUACCACAGCUACCAACAUGGCGAAAAUAGCAUGUCAGUAUCAUCUGUGUUCAAUCAAUGUCAUUUUUUGUUGUGUGUCAACUGUCAAUGUGUGUCAUGAUAAUAUUCGCGCCAGAACUGAGCGGCAAGCAAGGCGUCACUCUAAUCGCUAUCAAACAGCUUCAUUUGGAAAAGUAUUAUUUUGUAAAAGAUUAGAUUAGUAAUAUGUCGACACUUCAAGCAACAAUACCAUUUAAAUCUCGUAAGAAAGUCACAUUGACAAAUAAAAUAAAUAAAAGUAAUUGCGAAAAUGAUGAAGUUCUGAACUACAAGUGUCCUCGAAAGCGCCACGCAGAAGUCGAUGUAGAUUUUAAAGGCCUUUGUCCAGUAGUUAAACUCUCUAGAUUGGAAUUCAGUAAAUGGAAUGUGCUAAAAGAAGAUCUUAGUUCUUUGAAUCAAUUGAAAGAGGACCCCGUUUCGGGAAUAAGUAAUUCUACGAAACCCCUGUCGAGUAGAGAACAAGAGAUAGAAUAUUUAGAGAAUUUUCUGAACCGACAGCUGGAUUGUAAAGAAUCUGCAUCAAUAUAUAUAUCAGGGCAACCAGGCACUGGAAAAACAGCGAGUUUGUCGUAUAUACUGAAGUUACCAAAGGUAGUUAAGGGUUACAAACAAGUGUACAUCAACUGCACGAUGAUGAAAUCGGCAAGAACUAUUUACAAUAGAAUAUGCCAAGAGCUGCACUUGAAGACUUCGGGGACGACGGAAAAAGCUUGUCUUAGCGCAAUUGAAAAGUAUUUAAAAAAGGACCAUAAAAUGACCCUCUUAGUGUUAGACGAGAUAGAUCAGUUGGACAGUAAGCGUCAAUCGGUCUUGUACAGUAUAUUCGAAUGGCCCGCUAUACCCAACUCUGGUAUAGUACUUAUCGGUAUAGCGAAUGCGUUAGAUCUUACCGAACGCACGCUUCCUCGUCUCCAAGCGCGAUGUUCUUUACGCCCUCGAACCCUUCACUUUGCCCCGUACACUAAGGAGCAGAUCAUAAAUAUAUUCACUACGGUUCUCGCGGAUGAAGAUAGAAACAACGUGUUCUCACCAGUGGCCUUGCAAAUGUUGGCGGCUAAAAUCGCUGCUGUCUCUGGUGACAUGCGAAGAGCUUUGGACAUAGGCAGAAGGGUGAUAGAGUUAGCGAGGCGAAAUAAGUUUCACGAAAAUCAAUCAAUCGAUAAAAUGAUGAAAGACACCCAAGUGACCGUAGAAUUGAAACAAGUGUUGGAAGUCCUGAACGAUGUUUAUGGUGGCUCGAGAAAAAUGGAAAACGAAGUUGAGGAGGGAUUCCCAAUGCAACAGAAACUGAUUCUAUGCAGUUUAAUGUUAAUGCUGACUAAAGGGAAGAAUAGGGAUAUUGUGAUGGGGAAACUUCAUGAUGUUUACAAGAGGGUGGCGGCAGCACGCAACAUUGCGCCGCUGGACAUGGGCGAGAUGGUGGGCGCGUGUUCAUUACUAGAGGCGAGCGGGGCCGUGCGUGUGGUGGGAACGGGGGCGGGGGCGGGAGGGGCGCGGGCCCGCCGCCUGCGCCUGCAGUGGGACGAGGCGGAGCUGGCAGGCGCGCUGAAGGACAAGCCAAUGCUGGCCUCCAUACUAGCCGACGUCAACUGUCUCGCGCCGUCUUCAUAGACGCACGCUCACUGCUAGCGUGGCGGGGGCGGGUUGUGGGCCCGCCGCCUGCGCCUGCAGUGGGACGAGGCGGAGCUGGCGGGUGCGCUGAAAGAUGGCCGGCCGAUGGCGGCCAGCAUGGGCUUGCCAUGCUGGCCGCCAUACCAGCCGACGUCAACUGCUUCGCGCCUGAUAUGCAAGUCCGUGUGCGUACGUACCUAGAAUAUAGAUGAACGUUUACGGCGUAAAGCGACGUAAUAAAAUGUGAUUUUUGAGUACCAAAGUUACAUUUUCAAUCGCUAUCCUAUAAAGUGAGCGCCUCGUCGCGUCUCGAUGUCAACUGACCCCAAAACACAGGCAACACUGACAACCAGUGCCGUCUUAAACUUAUUGGAGGCCCUGAGCAUAUUAGGAUAAUGGGGCCGUUAUGACUUCCGUUUAGUGAUUUAAUAGGAACUAGGGACUUUGUAUUUGACCCCUAUCGAUCGCGGGGCCCUGGGCACUUGCCCAAAGUGCCCACUGGGAAAGACGGGUCUGCUGACAAAAAAACAAACAAAACUGGCUACCGGUGUGACCAGCGCAUGUGUGCGCUUGUGUAUCAUCAUUAUGAACUUAUUAAUGUUCCCAAUUGCUUGGGCACAAGCACGGAUAUUCCUUACGGAAUGAUGAUACACAUCAUACGCGACUACUGUAAGGCUCGCUCGUUUUUUUUUAUUACCCAUCUUAUGUCCACCCAUUGCGAAAGAAACUUAUCUUCGACGAUCGCAGUCGAAUGCGCUGACUACAGCACUAUCGAACGCACUUGUGGUUGUCAUGGAAGAAGUAGUUGGCAUAUAUUCCAACUAGUUCUACUAUCAGUCCCCUAAAGGGGUCCGUGGGUCUUUGGUUAAGUAGGUAAUUAAUAACUAAUUAGGUACAUUAGUAAGAUCUUUGACUCUAUCAUUUGUUUGUAUCAUAAUUUAAUUUGACGGUUAAAUAGCCACCUUUGCAUAAUAAAAGCGAAUUCCAACAUUACAAUUGUGUUUCAAUCUAAAGAAAAAAAUACUAGAAAAAAAUUCUACGUGGAUUAGACAGCAGACGGGACCGCGUCCGCGUCCUGGUCCGCGUGGGUUUUUUUCUAGCAAAAUGUUAUUUAGAUUUAAACAUCUAGCAAUUAAAUGCUUAAAAAAAUGAAAUAUAAUUUAUUAUGUUUAAUAUUCUUAAUGGAAAAGCUUCUACAUGGAAUUACAAAUUAUUAAAGAUUAUCAUCACAUAUUUUGUUGUAGCUUGGGUCAUGAUAUUUACGAAUGUCUUACGAGUGUCUAUAAAAAUCUGUCUUAAAGAAAUCGGGAAUUAUGUAACCACCUUAACACCUCGAAUAGAGGCAAGAUAUUAUACUAAAGUACGUUUUCAUUAAUGUUAAUAAAUGCGACGCAAAUCCGGCACGCUCUCCUCAUCCGUUGGAGGUCGUCAUACAAGUUCUUUGAUGAAAGGAAAUAAAAUAAACGUUUCAAUAAAGCUAAAUGUCGUGAGGUUUUUUAUAUUAAUGUUUAAAAUGACUGCCAAAUUGUAAUUCUUGCAUAAACAACUAAAAUAGCGUAUCUUUCCUUUGUUUACUUUAAAAUUUAACGAUUAAAUAAAAUAAAAAUUGUUGGUGAAUAAUAGUAUAGUUGUUGUUACCAAUUUACAAUAUAGUUUUUAAUAUUUUUUUUAUAUUCAACUACCGUAUAUUAGACGGUAUAUUAAUAUUUGGUAUGUUUAUAACUGAAAAAAUAUGGUUUAAUUGUUAUUUUGUAUGCCUAUAAUUUUUGCCGAAGUAAUAAAGAUCUGCCAGUAGUUAACUCAUAACUUUACGUAAUACGUAUUAUCGUAUAGCCAACUUCUUGGCAAAGAUUGUCCCAGUAGACAGCAGCUAGCCUUUACUAAAAUAUAAUAAAAGUUUAUUAGUAGUUAUAGAAGUAAUUGACUGCAUUUCGCAAAUAACAAUCGCGCACGAAAUUCACUCGCACACAGCAUCCGUUGACCCGAUUUUCACAUCAUUAAUCACGAUCAAGAUCAAAGGUACCUAACUUGUGUUUCACGAUUCGAUUGUCUCCGCGGCAUCUGAGAUACUCCCAAAGAAAUAAAGCUACGAUAAGUGACUCUACACUCCCUUCCGUUCAUGUUACAUCACUUAUAAUGUGCAAUACGAAGAAACAGCGUUCAUAUUUUUUUAUGACGACGGACAAUACUAUUAAAACUCAUAAAAUUUAAGAGGCAAGUUAUAUUAAUGGAAACAGAAUGGUCCGGUCCAUCUUGAUGGCGCGCAUAAUUAGUAGAAACCACAAAAACUGUUUGCCAUUCACAAACUUCUAUCUCAUACGAGAUUUAAUAUCUUUUGUUAGUCACUUAUAGGCAUUAUAACGAAGUAUCGUUGUAUGAUCGAAGCCGAGUCAAUGAAACCAUAUUUUUUUCUUCUGAAGUCACCCAUUAAUCCGCGCUGGGCCCACGUGGUCAGGCCAUGGCCAGUUCUCCAUAUUCUAUCCAAAAGGGAAACCCAUACCCCAGCAGUGUGGAUACUUAUAGACUGAUGAUGAUGUAAGUCUUAUGUGUUUUAAUUGACAACAUGUUCGCUGUACAUAUAAAAUUUUUUUUGGUGAAUUAGACGCACUGCUGAUUCUCUGAUACCGGCUUUGUUUUUGAUAAAAUAAAAUUUAAUACUCUAACGUCUGUGCUUACAGAUCUCAAUUUAAUUCAAUGCUCUAUGAGGUCACGAGUUUUCUUUGUCUAUUGUUAUCUCAGCUGCUGCGAUAGUGAAAGUGACAUCAUCAAUUUUUUUCAAACUCAAAAUGACGACGAUAAAAUUUUAUCGAAUAACUUACAAAUGGACUAAUGUUUGGAAUGUAAUCCGUUUUUUUUUCGAUUUUUUUAAGAUGAGCUUUGUACACGACGGCAGAGUCGUGAAGUCGUGCCUGUAAAAGUAUGGAAUAUGUGUUGCCGAAUAAUUUAGCGAGAUAAUUUUAAAUUAAUUUAAUUGAGUACUUAUCACGUAAAGAUCAAUCUAUUAAAAUUGUUUUAUCUCAACGUGCACGGUACUCUACCUUAAGCUCAAUCAUACCAAAUCCGCCGACCCGUCGACAUAGCUCGUCUUUUUGCAGUAUGUACUCGUAUGCUGGUGAUGGCCGCAGAUGACCUUUACAGCGUCACAUUUACAGGGUUAGAGGCGACAGGAUCCAACUUGCAAUAUGUAAAGCUGCAUAAAGAGGCGUGUCGGUGGUUUCAAUGUGUAUUGCGUACAUUACGUUGCGCAUUACUCCUGUUAGGCCUUCGUUAUUAUAAUAGUCUGUAAACUGUAGCUACAAGACCUAAAGUUUCUGGUUUUAAAUGUUAUAGUUACAAAAUCUUCGUGUUUGAAAUGAGCUUCUCGUUAAGGUGGUCGUCCAUUCACAUUACUAUUUGCUCAUUUAUGUUGUUUGUAAGAGCCCAAUUGACAAUAAUGUGUAUUUAUUAGACAAUAUUGUAAACGCCGAUCGUAGAGGCAGUGUCCAUGUUAAUUGAAUGCCUGUUUUAUUAUUAUUAACCGUAAAUUAAGUUUUUGUAUGAAAUUCGACAUCAAUUAAUUUAAUAUUUAUUAAUAUGGACUUUUAAGUAGGUUUGUUAUGUACGAGUUUAUGUUAAAGACUGAUUAUAUCAUUAUAUUUAACGUUUAUUAUCAUUUUUAAGUGCAAAAAGAUUGUAGCAUCUGUGCAUUUUACCCCAAAACAUAUUGGCGAAAAUAAUUGAUAAUUUUCUAGAAUAUAAAAUCAUGUGUUUUAUUAAGAUAUGAACUCUUUGUAUGUUAUUUGUAAUAGUAAAAAAAUGAUUUUACUCCGUCAUUGUUUUUUAUUGUGUAUGUUCGACUUAGGUGUGAAUAAACUCAAAUGAAAACGAUAUUAGUUUUAUUAAUUUAUUUUAUUCUAAUUCUUCUAAGUUAAUCCUACUUUGUGCAAAACAAGGCUUUUUACAAAAGAAUUGUAUAAUUCUGAAAAAUACAAGGUAUCGAAGAGAAGAUGACUGACCAUAGAUUGCGACAGUUACGAUAAACAAUAUCUAUACAAUGCAAUAUGAUUGUGUUCGCUCUUGUAUCUGUCGCAAAAAAACAACAAAUUCCUCAAGGAAACCAUUAUAAAUUAGCACCAAAAUAAAUAAGGUACUGCAGGAUGUUGGUGAUAUUUUGUUAAAUUAAUAAAUAACUUAAAUAAUGAUAGUCACAUAAUUUUGUACAAUGUCAGCCAUCUAAAAUUAGAAGGCGAGUGUGAUCGAUGCAGUGUCAGGGGGGGACUCAUAGGCGAAGGGCGGGGUUGCGCGAGCGCACGAAGUUGAGCAGCUCGUCGCUGUCCUCGCAGACGAACGGCUUAACGUGAUGGCAGGCGACGUCGUGCCACUUGAUGCCGUCGUUGUAGAAGUUGUUCAGAAUCGACAAGCAAGACUCGUCGUUACCCUGCAUAAUAAAGAAAAGUAAUCGGUAAAAUGACUGAGUGAUAUUUGGUUCAUUCAUGUCAGGCCUGUGAGCGAAGGUUCAAGAUGAAAUGUAUUAUCAUCAGCCUUUUAUUGCCCCCACUGCUGGAGUUCAGGUUUUUCAUAUAGAUGGAAUAAGGAGAUUGGGCCAUGGCCAUUGGAUUGGUGGGAGCUAAGGACUAGAUGCAGCCGGGACCAACUGCUUAACGUGCCUUCCGAAGCCCGGAGGAGCACGAGAUAGUAAAUUUUUGGUCACCUACCCAAUAACCCACUAUGUUGCUUCACUUCAACGAUCGCAGACGAACGCGCUAACCACUCGCGCCAUCGACAUCCUCAUAUGAAAUAUAUAUAAUAACUUUAAAUUAUCUAAUUUACCUACUGGCGUUCAGUUCCUAACUAAUAUUAAAAAUGUGGAAGAAACUGUUCGCCUCUGUGUAUGUCUGCUGCGCUCUCAUUCCUAAAUCAUUCAAAGCGAUUUUAUAAAUUGAUACGGGGAUAAAUAAGACUUCAGAAAAAAUUACAUCCUUUUAGUCGCACAAAAUAAGGACUAGUUCACGCAGAGACGCGACGCGGUCUGGUGUAAACUAACCCUAAAUCUAUAAGGGAUUUGUCCCUUUGUUACCAAAAUGACUGACGAACCCUAAAAAAUACAAUAUGAAAGCAAGCCAUUAAUUGUUGAGGUAGGUAAUAAGUUCACGCCUCCCUCUUUGACCGGCCCGUCGUGAAAGGCGAUUUCGAUAUUUCAAUGAGGCACGACGGAGAUUUCCAUGAAAACAACUUUCAACUUUGUUUAUGACGCAAACUUUUUGGUAAAACGAAUUGAAAAUGCGCCGUGACGUUUCACUUUCUUUGCCUACAUAAUCGGAGUGUAAGAAACUUGAAAUUAAGAACAACAACCUCCUCGUGAUUCAUUUUUAUGCUUAUUCGUUUGCGGCGGAAAGUAUUUUAAUGACUAUUAACGAUUUUUUACGAAAGUUUAUAUUGGAUAAUAUAUUACAUGCAUACAUAUUCAGAGUUGCUUAGAUCAUAAGGUUUAUAAGUAAUCGGCUGAACCGAACGCUUGUACUUUUAAAACCUACCGAAAGUACCUAACUAGCUAAGCCAAUGAGCAAUAAAUCAGGAAAACAUUGAAGUGUUCGUUUUCUGUAUUUAUCCUAUCUGGGUGUUCAAUUUUUACUCCUUCCUUCAUCUCAUAUUCUCAGAUCGCGGAAGGUGUCAUCCGGGGGAAAAUCCUCAAACCACGGAGAUGGUUUCUUGGGCUAUGGAGUAGGCACAUUAUAUCAGCAGAAAAGAAGUGCGUACCUAUAGGUACAAUAAAUGAUAUAAGCGUAUACCCGGGACAUUCAUCCCCUAUUUAAAAUCCUUAAUUUAUUUAUUAUGUUUUGACGACAAAAAGUAGCCUUGUAUCAUCUCUAAGAUCCCAUCUAUCUCUAUACCAAGGCAUUAACCGGUUUAGGCGGAAAGCGUAACAAACACAUUCACUUAUAACAAUAAUAAUAUUUAUAGCAUAGUUACGUGGCCAGUCUUAACUGUAUGCCACGAAUACACCCACGCUCCAGGGAUCUCAGAACAUGCAGUGCGUGUUGGGUGACCAGAGCAGAAGUAUUGUCUGGUUUUUACUGUUAGGUAGGACCCUGGUGAUUUCACCGAGCGCCAGGGCUGGUUGAAAUGAGUAGGGAGGAGUCCCAGAUACCUUCUUCUUGCUCCCCCGGUGGCUAAAGGGUGCUUAAGGACAUUUCCCAGACACAGAAAAGGUUUGUAAAGAUGUAUAAUAGCAUAGUUAGCAUUGUAAAGAUGUAUGUAGGGUAAACUGACCUGCGCAGCUUCCCUGUUGUCGGGUUGGGCCUGUCCGUACCCGCCGGUGUAGGACCAGUCGCCGGUGUUGCGCUGGGUGGUGGGGCCGAUCUUGGCGCCUGAGCCCGACCAGAACCAACCGUUCACAUUCGGGGGCUGCAGGUCAGGCCUGUCGCAACCGGCGAAGUUGCACUUGCGACCGGACGUCCAGAUGAAACGGACGUUACCCCGAGCGAUUCUCUGCUUUAUGAAUUCGUUUU